UUAUAGCAGCUUGCCGGCCUCCUAAUCUUCCUCCCUUUCUCGAUGGAUCACUUGACAAACCAUAAUCUAUUCUCAGCCGAAGUUGGUGAUCCUUCACAUGAACAUGGCACUCCACGUCUACGAGGACAUCAUGCGAAUGACAGAGAAUAUCAGCGAGAAGUACAUCAUCGGCCACGGAGCAUCCAGCACUGUCUACAAAUGCGUUUUAAAGAACUGCAAACCUGUCGCGAUCAAGCGCCUUUACUCUCACAGCAACCCGCAGUCAGUGAAACAGUUUGAAACCGAGCUCGAGUUGCUCAGCAGCAUCAAACACAGAAACCUCGUGAGCCUACAAGCCUAUUCGCUCUCUCCCUUGGGAAGCCUUCUCUUCUACGACUACAUGGACAACGGCAGCCUCUGGGAUCUUCUCCACGGCCCUGCCAAGAAGAAGAAGAACACUCUUCUCGAUUGGGACACGCAGCUCAAGAUAGCGUAAGAACUUCGGUUGAUUCUUUUGUAAGAUACAUGUGGUUU